GGGGUGGGGUGGGGUGGGGGAGGCAGGGGUUGGAGGACACCACAUGGGACUGGGAUGAUGUGGGCAGAAAAGGGAACAGGGAGGCUAUGGAAGAAGGCUGGUGACAGAACAGGAUUAAGUGUGGCCUUCAAGUACCACAGGAGGACUCAAGUCUUCCUUUGUGUCUGGCUGGUUGUGGACACAAGCAGGGUGAUUGGGUGACGGUUAGGUGGCAUGUAGGGUCUCAGAGCGCCUUCCUGCUUGGCUUAGUGCCUCCCUCCCAGGCUGACCUGCCUUCCUUUCCUAACUGCUCAGCUCAGCUCUACUGUGGAGAUAUUCUCAGGCUGCAAAAUCUAGCAUCCAUUUUUCUCACUCCAAGACCUGGGUAUCAGUCCCCCAACCCCAAACACUGUCUGAUGUCUGUGUGGUCCAUUCAGGGUAACUGUUUUGGACAACUAUAACACCACUCAGACAGAUUAUGCAGCCUCCUGCCCUCCCAGACAUCUCCUACCAUAGCAUCAAGGCAAAUUACUCAGUACCCCCUCCCCCAGCCCGGGGCUCUGAUGAAAUCCGAUUAGUGAGAACUGAGCCUCACUGAGCUGAUGGCUCCUCCGAUAAUUGCUUCCCAAGUAAGCAGUGUCAGCUCUCUAGCUGCCCACCCCUCUCCUGGGUUUCAAGGCAUCCAGAGCCAGGGGACUGGGGACACCUGAGCUGUAAGAUUAGGAAGCUGCCACCUGCCUCCAGUUAAGUGGGGUUUGACCCAAAAAUUUGGCUUCUGUGGUCUUGGAAUUGAGGGUCAGGGUAAAGCCUUAGCCAACGGAGGCCCACAUUCCUACCUUCUCACUUUUUGGGUAAAUCGGUGUACCCAUUUUUCUGCAGGAUAGAGGAAGGUAAACACAGAGACCAAAGGCAAGGAAACGGCUUGAUAUGAACUCAACUGCCCUGCUUCCUCAAUUCUUGGAGACAAGAUUUCACUUAUCUCAGGCUGGCCUCGGAUGUGAUAUGUAGCAGAGGAACUUCCUGAAUUUCUGAUACCCCUUCCUCCUCUCCCAGAGCUGUGGUGUUACAUACAGCCCUCCUGUCUCAACAGGCUCUUAGGAUUCUUAAAUAACAAGACAACACUAUGAGGAAGUAGAGAUAUUGAGGUGUGCCCAGGGGAAGAUAGAGGCACCUAGAGACAGAAAGCAAGCCAUGGAAGAGGUGAGCGACAAAUCGUACAGAAAGAAAGUGGCAAGACCCAGAGGGACAAGGCUGCUGUGCACUACAGCUCAGCAAGUAAGGGGCAGCCUCGAUGGAAUACAGGUGAGUGAUUCCUCACCUUGAUGCUGGAUGGUCACUACUCACAACAGCUGCACCCACUGCUUUUAUCUGGAUGCUAGAGCAGUCUUGGGAAAGGCAUUGUGUUCUGGGUUCCCUGGUCUUCUUCCCUAGCACCCAUUGGGGACUUUGCUUUGGUGAUGAGAGCCCUGGCUUCCCCCGGCAUGAGUAUUGGGGAAGGCAAGGGACCCAGAAGAUAUCUACCCAUGGAAGAUUCCAGUUGAGUGAAAAGUCACAGUGAAAUGUCCAGUUAGAUAGGAACAAAGCAGGGUGUGAAUGGCUUUGGAAGUCAGUGCUGAGGGGCUAGUUAGGUGCAAUUAGGGAUUAAAGUUUGUUGGAGAAGGCUUCCUGGGAAGACUAUUGUAGGAGAGUCUGGAAAGAUGGGAUGUGUUAUUUAUAUAUGUCUACUUAUGAGGGCCAGGAGACAUAAGAGUUGGUAAAUAAACAAAAAUCUGAGUCAGGACGAUCUUCCUUACUAACCUGGGUGGGCACCACCAACCUGUUCAGAGUCCAGUGCAACCAAUGACUAAGGAAGGGCUCUUAACACAAAGGGCUUCCCUGGUUCUCCAGCUUACAGGCAGCAGGUCCCAUAGGGCUGUGAGCGUAUUUCCACAAUACAUCUCCUCACAUUGAUAAAAGGAUGGUUUUGAUUUUGCUUCUUGGAGAAACCCAAUUCAGGAUACAGGCUGGCAGAUGUCAAGGCAAGAGAGAAACAGAUUAAAAUGGCGAGGCUGUGGAUUUAGAUGCUAAUGCUAACAGGGAUGUUCACUGUCAAAGAGGUAGGUGCUGAGAGAAAUGCCUUCGUGGAUAUUUGUUUGGUUGUUUUGUUUUGUCGAGUCAGGGUUUCUGUGUAGCCCUGGCUGUCCUGGAACUCACUCUGUAGAUCCGCCACAACCACACGGUUGCCUCUUUGGAUGUUAUGUAAACAGUUAAUGGCCCUUGGAGGGCUGCAAAGAUGAUGCCUUAUACCUCGGGGCAGCAAGAGGGAAAGGUCUCUGGUGGAUGAGGUAUUGGGGAUGGCUGCAGAGUCCAGAUGGUUGUGACGUCUUGAUGUAAAUCAUAUUAUUAAACUACAAUCCCCAGCGACCCGUGGAACUCUUUUAGCGAGUUUUCCGGGGAUUUGGCAUUUCCGGCGGAAGCAGACGUCGCUAGCCAUUCUUCUUAUUUAAAUGCUGUCGACUACAACUCCCAGUGCCCUCCGCGCCAGGACGAAGAAAGGAAGCGGAAGCUGCAUGGGGAGCUUGUGCAGCCACGACCCACCGUGAUGAACUGUACUCUCUGAGAGAUGAGAUAAAUCCUCCCUUCAAUUUGCCUUUGCAGGUGACAGCAGCAUGGCUGCGUCCCAGACCUUCCCACUGGGGCCUACCCAUGAGCCUGCAAGCGCCCUGAUGGAGCCUCUGCCUUGUACACGAAGCUUGGCUGAGGGCUUCCUGGAGGAGGAGCUUCGGCUCAAUGCCGAGCUGAGCCAGCUGCAGUUCCCGGAGCCCGUGGGUGUCAUCUACAACCCGGUGGAUUAUGCUUGGGAGCCACACCGUAACUAUGUGACUCGCUACUGCCAAGGCCCCAAGGAAGUGCUGUUCUUGGGCAUGAACCCAGGACCUUUUGGCAUGGCCCAAACAGGGGUACCCUUUGGGGAAGUGAAUGUGGUCCGGGACUGGUUGGGCGUUGGGGGCCCUGUGCUGACCCCUCCACAAGAGCACCCCAAGCGACCAGUGUUGGGACUGGAGUGCCCACAGUCAGAGGUGAGCGGAGCCCGAUUCUGGGGCUUUUUCCGGACCCUCUGCGGACAGCCUCAAGUCUUCUUCCGGCACUGCUUUGUCCACAAUCUGUGUCCUCUACUCUUCUUGGCUCCCAGUGGACGAAACCUUACCCCAGCUGAGCUGCCCGCCAAGCAGCGGGAGCAGCUGCUGUCGAUCUGCGACGCAGCCCUCUGCCGGCAGGUGCAGCUGCUAGGGGUGCGUCUGGUAGUGGGAGUGGGGCGGCUGGCAGAGCAGCGAGCCCGAAGAGCUCUAGCAGGGCUGACCCCGGAGGUGCAGGUGGAGGGGCUCCUGCAUCCAUCUCCUCGAAGCGCACAGGCCAACAAAGGCUGGGAGGCGGCAGCCAGGGAAAGACUCCAGGAGUUGGGGCUGCUGCCUCUGCUAACGGAUGAGGGUUCAGCCAGACCUACAUAGUAGAGACCCCAGCCAGUGUUGCAUUCAGCCUGCUGGACUGUCCUCUAAUGGCCCAGGGUGGGCAGCUCUCCUGCUGUCUUCCCCUUCCCUUGAGCCUCUCACCCUUUUGUCUCCAGUGUCUGGUCAUGCACGGCAUCAGCAGAGGGUUGGGCCUGUGCACUCCACCUACCACAUCCUUGCCUUGGGAGUCUCUGUGUGCAGUGCAGAGUCCUAGGUCGGGAUGUCUGAAGUCAUAUUCGCAGUUUUGGAGGAAAGAUGGUUUUUGUUUUAAUCUUUCCUGUUUUGCUUUUUAUUGGCAUCAUGUUUGGCAUCGUGUCAUGUACUCUAGAAAUGUUCUCUAAUGCUGAUCUACCUCAGCCUUUUUUGACACUAACUACAUACUAGUGGGGUUCAGUGUGAGGUUUCCACACAGGCAUUCAGCGUACACCGAUGGAGUCCAACCCCCUUUUAUCUGUCCUCUCCACACUUCCUCUUCCCCAGUCAGUGGACAAUCUUUCCAGGAUCCCUGCUCAUCCUUACAGAUCAUCUGGCAGACUCCUGUAAUCCCAUAACUCAGAGGCAGGAAGAUCAGGAGUCCGAGGCCGCCUUCAGCUACAUAUUGAGUUCAAGGCCAGCUUGGAACACAUUAGUCUCUGUCUCAAAAAUAAGUAAGUAAAUAAGUAAUAAAAAAGUGAACUUCUUCAGGGAGCCCAGAGCUGUCUGAGAAGCUGUAUCUGAGGGAGACUUCUGUGUGUCUAGACUAGGAAGGAUCUAGAUUUUCAUCUCUCCCUUUUUUUGCUCCCUAUAAGGCCUUUGAACUUAAAAAAAAAUGUAUCUAUUUAUUUUGGUUUUUCGAGGCAGGGUUUCUCUGUGUUGCCCUUACUGUCCUAGAACUCACUUUGUAGACCGGGUUGGCCUCAAACUCAGAGAACUUAUAUUUUUAAAAAAAAUCCCUCUGUUUUGUUUCUGUUCACGUUGUCUAUCUGUUUUUAAAUUUCGAAACAAGGUCUCAUUGUGUUGGCCUGUAACUCAUUAUUAUAGACCAGCUCCGCUUUGACCUCACAAGAAAUCUGCCUACCUCUGCCUCCUGAGUGCUGGGAUUAAAAGGAUGUGCCACCCUGCCUGACCUGCUUAUGAACAACCUCUCUAAGCACUAAGAUCCUUUAAAAAAAAGAGGGUGUGCUGCCUCCUAGCACUGGUGUGAGGUGUGAGGAUCGACUGAGAUAACACUGCAGAGUGCUUUGCAAAAGGCUGACAUAUGGUCCUCACUACACACUCUUUCUGCUCACCUCCCUUCGAGGUGGGGUUAUAUCAAUGCACUACAAGGGAAUUUCCCGUCUGCUCUGAAGACCUUUGCCUAUAACCCUGCUCGCUUGCUGGAGAAUGACCAAUGUUACGAGAAACUUAGCCUCUGACUUUUCAGACUAAGCAUUAAAGACUCCUAAGCCUUGUGUUGGGUCUCUCCUCUCUUCCUACACUUCAUUGGUGGGAGAAUGAUUUUAGGUUAUCUCCUCCCUUUUCUUACCUAUUCACUGUCUGAAAAAACUUUUCUCAGGUAGCUUGAGGAGGGGGGACAGAGACCUCUGAUUGCCCUAGCCAAGCUGCAGGGGUUUUGGUAGGGGCCUGCCCUGAAGUUCAUCAGGUACUAGGGCAACUGUUGGGAACAAUGAGGAGCUGGUGUCUCAUCUGUCUCUUUAAUGGUUGGUUGGAUGAAUCUGUGGUAAGGGCUGGGAAGUGAGCCACAGUGAGAGCAGCAGGUCUUAGGGCCAUCUUAAUGAAGAUACAUGGUCUCUCUAUCUCCUGGGAUACAAGUCAUCUCCAGCAUUCUAAAAAUUAGUAUAUUUCUAUCUCAGCUCCAGAGAGGGAGACUAAACCUUUGAGGAUUCCCCAGUGAUAGAAGUGUUGUAAUUAUUCAUGUUGGGGGUCUCAGAGCAUUCCAGAAUUUGUUGAACUUUGACUCAGGAUGGAGGCCAACCCUCCAGAAAGACCAGCCGUAUGUAUUGAGGGUUGGGGCUUAGCCUGAAUGCCAGAAUGGGACAAGGAUAGAGAUUAAGUUCAGCCACAUGGCCCAUGAUCUCGACCAGUUAUACCUCCACAGUGACCCUAGCCAGCUCUCUUGGACACUUGAGUUUCCACUAAGCUUGCUGGCUGGUGCACACAUGUAUAUCUGUGUUUCUUUUUGGGUAUUUGGUGCUGGUUUGUGUAUUCAUUCAUUCAUUCAUUCAUUCAUGUGCUCUGUGUGUCAUUUUGGAGUUCUGGGCAUCAAGCCCAGAAUUUUGUGAAUGGGAAGCAUGCACUCUUCUAUCACUGAGCUACAUCCCUUGAUUUGUAUUUGUGAUAAAUUGUAAUAAAUAAAUAAACAAACACAGUGUUUUCCCCCCUGA